AUGUGGAACUCUAAAAUGGGUAACUAUGUGGAAAAUUUUCUAAAUAAAGGUCAAGGCUACGAACUGUGGGUGAGUUUGUUUGUUUCAGUUGUGAAACUUUCUUUGCAGCUCACUGGACAUUCACUCGGUGGUGUAAUGGCAUCAAUAGCA